AUGUAUACAUUCAUAUACUAUUAUGUCUGAAAAAUAACGUUGUUUUUUAUCAUUUUUCUUGAGGGUUUCUUUCCAGUAGAACUCCAUGGGUUGAGAAGUGGAGAAUAAUUAUAAAUUGAUUUCAUGGUACUACCUUUAAUAGGAGGCUGCUGUCUGUUUGUAUAGACAUCAUCUCACACACUAAGUUUUCUAUACUUUUAAAAACUGGGGGAGGGAAGAACCUUUUUGUUUUAGCUCAUUUGAUCUGAAGUGGAUUUAGACUAAGGAGACUGCUUUGAUUUAGUAUUAUUGCCUGUCACAUGCAGUAUUGUUGUUUCCCUGAUUGGCGAGGUAAUAUUUAAGAUUUACGCUAGGGGGUGGUGUUUUGUCCUUUGUAUUCUGACUUCCUUGAACAAGCAACCAUCAUUUUAAGAUCAGCCAGUUUCUCUUAUUCAGAGUGAGUUGUUGUCUGUCAGUGAAAUCGCUUGUAUUCUGAAGAAGCCUUACAAAAGAUAAUGGAAGCAUAUUAGGCCAGACAUGCUAUCUCCUUUCAUGUCCAGGCCAUUCUGUUUAAUAAAUAAAAUUAAAAGCCAUAUAUUUUGCCUGUCUUCCAUAAAAGUAAGCCCUGGGCAAGAAGAGCAGUGAAAAGCAGCUUGCAAACAAAUAAGGCUUUUUCCCCAAGGGUGCUAUCAAGGGUAAAGAAUAAUAAUGCUCUAAUAAAUCUUCCCAAUGCAGAGCAUUAGCCUCUGAAGUUGAGGUCAGUCAUGAUGCCCAAGGAAUACAUUGGGCCUGCUACUACUAUUAUGCUCCAUCCAGAAAUACUCAGUAGUUUAUCCGGUGCAGCUCACUGAAUGGGAAGGUUGGGCAGGAGGAGACGAGUGAGUCCUACUGACAGAAGUUCACUGAGCUUUUAAAACUAGGGCCCAAAUCAUUUACUCGUCCAUCUCUGAGUAGAAAAUAUGAACCCCAGGCAGAUCUCGGUAAAGGGAGGGCAUAAGACGGAAUACCUGCUUCAUGGCAUCAUUCGCCUUCCCCUUUCAACUGCUGAGUGUUGUUCCCCUUCGCCUCCAGUUGUUAAGGCUGCAUGAAAUGUCUGUAAUUAACAUAAUGUAUGCCUAGUGGGCUGAACUCCUGUCCUCAGAGGGGUGACAAAUGAACUGAGUCCUGGUCUCCUGCAGGGUAGCUCCUAAUACCUAAGGGUUGUAAGGGUUGAAUCCACAUCUGCCCUGUUGCACAGAGGUUGCAAAUGCCCAUUGUUCCCUCCCUGACUUAAAAGCAUGACAGGAAAUGGAAAUGUGGGGAGUUUCCUGUCCCCUUACUUGUAGGGGGAAGCUCACCUAUGAUUUGGUCCAGUGAGGAGCUUGGUUAUGAUCCAUAUAAUCCUGAGCUUCCCAAGCCUUUGACCCAAAUACCGAAUGGUGCUUUGGACGACAUUACAGUGUCAACCCCUAGCAUUCUGCAGCUGGAGUUGGUUAACAAGGCCAUUGAAGAGGUCAGAAAUGAAGUGGAGAGAGAACAGAAAAAGUAUGAGGAGCUAUUGGAGACCACAAAGGAAUAUAGCACAUCUGAGGCAGCUUCGCUUAUUUCCAAAACAUCUGUGUCAGCUGCUGUGACAAAAACAGACUCUUUAGAAUAUAACCCAGGUAGCUAUAAAUUGAACAACAACACAGACUACAACCCUACACCUUUGGCUGUGGCUAGUUGUUCACGUAAAUACACCUUAGAUACUUUUGAUAAUGCAAAAUCCAAAGGUGGUGCACUGGAAUAUGUUCCCAAGGUUGUGGCUCCACCUAAAAAAUACAGUAGAGUUGUCAGUAACAAUAAGUAUGUGAUUGAUAACUCAAAGCCUUCUACGGACUUGGAAUAUGACCCUCUUUCAAAUUACUCAGCAAGGCUUUUGAGCAAAGCCAACACAAAGGAACAGAAGGGGACCAAAAGGAGAAGGGCCUCUAGUCACGGAGAAUCUUAUUCUCCUUCAUGCAAAAAACACUGUAAUGUAUCUGAUGACUAUGGAACAUAUGCCAAAUUCUCUGACUCUGAAGAGGAUGUCGACUUGGAUUACCGGCCAACUUCUGUUAGCCGUUUACAAUCUAAAGUCAGUUCUGGAAAUGAAUCAAGUGAUGGGUUAUCUAUCAAAGAAAAGAGCACCAAAUCGGAAAACCUAAAUUCCCGGGGGAUGAAAGAAAUGGCAGUGCAAUAUGACAUGGAAGAUAUUGAAAGUCCACGGAAAAAUCUUAAAGACUCAUUGGAAAAGAACACAAAAGUGGCAAAGGCAUCUUCUGGCAAGAAUGACCAGUCUGUUGAAGACAAAGACAGCAAAGAGAUUUCAAAAGACAAAAUGAAAAAGAAAAAAACAGAUGGCAAUAAGCCACCUUGCCACAAAGAGAUGGACAAGAAGGAGAAAAAUAAAAACACAAAGAAAGAGAGAAUCAAGAAAGAAGAAAAAUUGAAAAUGAAAAAUGGCGAGAGAAACUGUGAAGAGAAAAAUAUCAAAGCAAAACUGGAUCGGAAUUUGAAGAAACCAGAGAAGGAGAAACUGGAAAAAGUGUCUAAGACAGAGAAGUCUAAGUCCAGCAGCUCAGGGAAAAGCAAGAAUGAGGGCCUCUGCAAGGGAGCUAGCACAGAGAAGUUGGAGGUUAGCAAGAAGGACUCCAUGCCAAAGGCAGCUGGUCUCAAAAAUGGCAAACAAGCCUCUAGUGAGAAACACAAAAACAAAGGGGGCAAGACCUCUGCCGCUGGUUGUCGAAAAAAGAAGGCAAGGUCUGCAGAAGUGGGGAACUCAAAAGACAAGGGUAAACUGAAACAGCGGACAUUGAGCCAUGUUGACCUAUUUGGAGACGAGAGUGGGGAGGAGGAGAAGGCCGACCAAUCUCUGCUGGCUGCAUUUCCAGCCAUUAGUUCGGACUCCGAUGAAGAUGAUGGCUCCUGUGGUUUUCAGAGUGACAAUGAAGGGACAAAGAGCAUUAAACACUCCAAGUUGUCCAAGUCGUCGUCGUCCUCAACUUCUGAUGAUAUUGACUAUUCCGUCCUGGAGAAAGAUUUGGAUUAUGACUCUGACCCCAUGGAAGAGUGCCUCCGAAUUUUUAACGAGUCCACGGAUGUGAAAACAGAAGACAAGGGAAGGCUCGGGAAGCAGCCACUGAAAGAGGAGGCAAGUGAAGAAAAGGUGGAUGAUGCUUUAACCACUCUGUUUCCUGGCCAGAAAAGGAGGAUCUCGCAUCUUGCCAAGCAAGGAAAUGCAGAUGUCCCGAGCAAGCCUGUGAUCCGACCGUACCGCCCGCCAACUGCCCAAGAGGUCUGUUACCGGAGGAUUCAGCUGGCACAACAGCAGGCGGCACAGCUGGCUGUGGCAGUCCAAAGGGCCUCCCUUGCCUUGCCAGGAGGGAAGAGGAGGAUUGCUCACGUGCCAAACGCAGCACUUUCCACAGCCGCAAAGCAGGCCACUGUGGGCGUUAAGAAAACCAUUCCAGUCAGCAGCGUGACAGUCCCCAGUGAGUCGGAGGCACUGGCUCUUACCCUGAAGGCCCGUACGCUAGCCGGCAUGACGUCUAAGACCACUACUACUGUUGUACAGAAAAGAAUAGCACAUGCUCCCAGUCUGCAGAGUGCUAGCUUAACGAGGCCAGUUAUUCCCACUGAGUUUGGUGCCAAAGUCCCAACGAAUAUUCGCCAAAGGUAUCUCAAUCUCUUCAUUGACGAGUGCCUGAAGUUCUGCUCUUCCUCCCAGGAAGCAUUUGACAAGGCUCUAUCAGAGGAGAAGGUGGCUUAUGAACGCAGCACCAGCAGGAACAUCUACCUGAAUGUGGCAGUGAACACAUUAAAGAAGCUAAGAAGUCUAGUGCCCAAUUCCCCGCCUUGUGUAAACAAGACCAGUAACAGGAAGGUGGUGUCCCACGAAGCUGUGCUAGGCGGGAAACUUGCUGCUAAGACGAGCUUUACACUAAACCAGUCGGGGAGCUUGCGGGCAGAGGACCUGACAGGGGCUGCUUUGUACAGAAGACUGAAGGAGUAUCUCCUGACGGAGGAGCAGUUGAAGGAAAAUGGCUAUCCAAUGCCGCAUCCAGAAAAACCUGGCCGUGCUGUAGUUUUCACUGUGGAAGAGAAGAAAACGACAGACUCUUCGUGCAGGGUUUGCUGCCGCUGUGGUACUGAAUACAUGGUCUCGGCAUCUGGCAACUGCAUUCGCAAAGAGGAAUGUCUCCAUCACUGGGGAAGACUACGCAAGCAGAGAGUGCCAGGGGGAUGGGAAACUCACUACAGCUGCUGUUCCGGAGCAGUGGGUUCACCAGGAUGCCAGGUGGCCAGACAACACGUCCAAGACGGCCGGAAGGAGAACCUGGAGGGCUUUGUGAAAACUUUUGAGAAGCUGCCUACCACGGACGGCUAUCCAGGGAUCUACGCUUUGGACUGUGAAAUGUGUUACACCAAGCAAGGCCUGGAGCUGACCAGAGUAACCGUGAUCAAUUCUGACCUGAAAGUGGUCUAUGACACCUUUGUCAAACCUGACAACAAAGUGGUGGACUACAAUACCAGGUUCUCAGGUGUGACGGAGGAGGACUUGGAGAACGCAAGCAUCACCCUGCGGGACGUCCAAGCUGUUCUGUUAAACAUGUUCAGUGCAGACACCAUUUUGAUAGGACACAGCUUGGAAAGCGAUUUAUUUGCACUAAAGCUCAUCCACUGCACCGUGGUGGAUACAGCCGUCGUCUUUCCCCACCGGCUGGGUUUGCCUUACAAACGCGCACUCCGGACGCUGAUGGCAGACUACCUCAAGCGCAUCAUCCAGGACAACGUGGAAGGUCACGACUCCAGCCAGGAGGCCAGUGCCUGCAUGGAGCUGAUGAUCUGGAAGAUCAAAGAAGACGCGAAAGUGAAGCGAUGACUUGCACUCUCUCGCCUCUGCCGCGCAAUAAACACUCAGCGUCACACUCCUCCUGCACCCAGCAGCGUGCCCAGCCCAGACCCCUGGGCGCUCGUAGGCACAGCUUGAGGCACUGGCUCUCAGCUGGCCAGGGGCACGUGUCGAGAUCCUCGCCAGUAGGUGCCUUGUAGGCCUGACCAGGGCUGCUUUGAAUACUACAGCCAGAGAGAGGCUCUUUAGCGUGUAGGAGAAGCCUCCGGAGGCGCAGCGGCUACAUCUGCAAUGAUCUUUUCUCCCAAGCGAAAGGUAGAGAACUCUUCGUUCCUGGUUAGAGUCGGAGGGUUGCACAGCAUCCGCCCUGGCUUCCGAAGCACACAGCUGCCCCGGGGGCCGGGGAGCAGGAACCAGAUGGAAAUGUUGGGGAGGGAGGGCAGGAAACGUGCACUAGCUGGCAUGUGACUUGCAGAAAGGCCGGGGGGUAAAGACCUGGGCCUCCAGGCACGGAGGGUAGCAAGAGCCCACUGCAGGGGAGUCUGGCGCGUCGGAGGGGACGCUGCCCUUGAAAUAGACACAGCUGCUGUGGGCGGGAGGGGAAGAGAAGCCGUGGUGAUGCCCGUCAGCGGAUUCUCUCAGUUGCUGGCCCCGAUCUUACGGAGCAUGUGCAGGGCUCCGUGUAGAUCCUGGCUGAGGACAGGUGAAGCCAGAAGUGUCUUGUGCUCCGUGGUCGGCAGGGAAGCCACCCGGCCUGCUGUUGCCAUGUCAGGGGCAGGAGGGUGGCCAGGACAGUAAGGAAGGCUCUGAAGCCAAAGAGCAACUUACCAUUGUCUAGCACGGGCAGAACAUCGACUUGUUCACUCGCUGGGGGGGCUGAGUUCUGCUGGCUGGCCCCUCGUUGCAUCCUCCGGGGGCCGGCUCCCUCGAGUCACCUCCCUCAUGCUCAUCAGAAGCAAAGCUCAGGAUCGCCAGUGGGGCAGGGUGGGGCUAGCCCAGGAUGUGCUCAGGGUCCCUGCAGACUGAUUCCUCUCGUGGGGGGGCUGACUUACCUAUUGCUUCGCUCCUGCCGAAAAUAGUACUUUUUAAACUGGCUUUCAUAGAAAUUGGGUGGUUUUUAAAAAAAACAAAAUCCCUCAAUUUCAUGCUCUUUCUCUCUCCUCUUUUACAGAGCCCCGCCCCAUCUUUCGAAAGUCUCCCCCUAGAAUAUAAAUAUUUAUUUAUGACCAGUAACUAAGCCAGGAGCGUACAGGAAUAGCAAGGGCUUUGCCGGCUUCACUUUACACGCAGCGUGCUCAGGGUCCCCCUUUCUCGUCCCUUUGCUUUCAAAGCUCACGCAGUGGAGAGACUCACUCGAGCUGAGCCCAGGUAUGAUUGGCGUUUAGAGGGGCAGGGCGUGUCUGCUACCGCCGCUCCCACGGCCU